AUGCCCGUAUUUAACAUCCGCCGGCGCUCCUGGGAUUUCAUCUCCUUCAAAGGCCAAUGUCCGGAACCCAUCCGCUGCUCCUGCUCCGUUCAGAUUAAUGAAGUUGUUUACACAACCGGCGGCAUCCCGGCGGACGGCACAACUGUGAACGACCGUAUCCUCUCCUUCAACCUCGAGACCCGGGUUUUCAGCAUUGUUGGCCGACAUGUGGCACCAGCGUUCUUUCAUGACAUGGCUAUCGUGCCAAAUCAAAACUGCUUCUUCUCCUUCGGUGGUGUGCGGGAUGAAAAGCGAGUGAACAACCUCCAUCUGUUCACCGUCUUAAAUAAACUGCCUUCCUUGAAGGAGCUUUCUUGGAAGGCGCUGUCUAAACACACACAAGUCCUCUUCUUCCCCAUGGACAUUCGCACUCGUUUGCAGGGCGAGACUGCCAAUCACUUCAGGGAUCACCUACGAAAGGCCUUUUUCCUCCUCUUUGGUCUUCAACCCCCACACCUAAACCCACUUGCUGGGGACACAACCCCCAGCAGUGACACCAGUAGCGGAAAGGCUGAGCGAUUCUACAGGUACACGAGGAUAUUCUACAUUUCCACGAUAAAGAGGAGGCAACAAGUCUGCCUGGACGAAACCGGGUCAGUUAAGAUACAUCUCAGCUGA